AUGAAGAAUAGUGUCAAUGCAGGAUCAUGGAUGUUGAGGAAAAUCCUGAAACUUAGGGAUCUUGCAAAGCAUUAUCUUCGGAUGGAAGUUCACAAUGGAAAAGAUACUUCUUUCUGGUAUGAUUCUUGGUCUCCUCUUGGAUGUCUUAAAGAUUUGUUGGGUGAAAGGGGUACUAUUGGUCUGGGUAUAACUGAAAAUGCUUGUGUCGGAGAGGUGCUUUUAACUCAUCGUACAAGAAGGCAUAGAUUGGAUGUUCUUAAUGAAGUUGAGCGUGAACUUGGAGCGUUGAGAAGCAGAAGCAACUAUGAUGAUGAUGAUAUGGCCCUAUGGAGACGAGAUGGAAAUCGAUUUGCAAACACUUUUUCUACAAAGAAAACGUGGUUAUGUAUGAGACAGGUGCAACCGAGUUGUAACUUGAAUAAGGGAGUGUGGUUUCCACAGUCAACUCCUAAAUUCUCCUUCAUACUGUGGGUUGCAAUUAGGAACAGACUGCAAACCUGUGAUAGAAUGCAGCAGUGGAACACUUCAUUGGAUACCACUUGUGUACUAUGCCAAGAUGAGCAGGAAGCCUGUCAUCAUCUCUGUUUCAAAUGUCGUUACUCGAGUAAGGUGUGGAAGAAACUAAUUGGAGGGAUUCUGAAGGAGAGUUUCACAGUCGAAUGGAGUGAGAUUCUAGAUAUUGUCUCCCAGUCAAGAUCUAGCUUCUCUGCCACUGAAUUAUUCAUUAUUCGGUGUACUUUCCAAGCUCUAGUGCAUAGUGUAUGGAGGGAGAGAAAUGCUCGUAGGCAUGGUGAGCAACCAAGGGAAGUGAGAGUGUUGAUCAAAUGUGUAGACAAGCUCAUUCGACUGAAGCUAUUUGCAGUGAAAGGAAAGGGUAAAAAGUACCUUGAGGAAGGCUUAUGUGCUUGGUUUGGUUUGGCUCCAAGAUUAUAA